AUGAAGUCUGCUGCCCGGGAUUCGAUACCCGAAGUCCUGGCAUCACCAAGACCUUCCUCCCCUCUGACCUCAGGUCCAGACUCCGGGCCCGAUUCUACACCUUCAGCCGCCAAAUCUAGCGGGGCGUCCGCUAUUGCACGCGCAGGCUCGCCUCCAGGAGGUCCUCGCUCCGCUAUCCGUCGUCGAGCCGCUGCCGACCACAAAGAAUCGGUCAAGAAUGCACGACCAGCUUCGACGCGCUCAGCAGGUGCAGGCGGAUCCUCGGGUACUAUGCUUAGGCUUUACACCGACGACAGCCCUGGGUUGAAGGUGGAUCCUAUGGUUAUUUUGUUCUUGAGUUUGGGGUUCAUCUUCAGCGUGGUAGCUUUACAUCUCAUCGCAAAGGUCACGAAAAGAUUCUCUUGA